AUGCAUCCCGUUCUCUCCUGGCGCCAAGCUGCUGUGGCAGCACUGCUUCUCAACGCGGCAGUGACGGCUAACUACGAUACUCGCCGAGAUAUCGACGUCUCGGAGGACGCAAAGCGGGCUUUGGACACUGGAUCCGUCCGAGCACGAAAUGUCGACAUUAGAAACUUUAUGCAGAGAGUAGAUGCUACCAGUGUCUUCGCUGCGCGAGGCAGCACUGACAGCGCUCAAGGCGAUGGAUCUUCGGACACGGUCCCUGUGGCUGCUGAGGGCGCCACUGGGGCUUCGGAUUCUCAAGCUGCUGCGCCUCCCGCCCCUCCCGCGGAUGCUGCAACUCCUCCCGCCCCUCCCGCCGAUGGUGCUGCUCCUCCCGCCCCUCCUGCCGACACCGCGGCGCCGCCCGCACCACCUGCGCCGCCAGCUGAUGGCGCAGCUGCACCACCACCACCCCCAGCGGCCUCAGCCGAUCCCGCGGCUAAGAAGGCAAAGGACGACGCAAAGAAGGCCGAUGGAGCAGCCGGCCCUGCCGCCGGCGCUGGUGCUGCGGCUGCCAAUGGCACCGCAGCCGCUGCACCUGACGCAAAAGCAAAGGGCAAGGACUUGAAGGCCAAAGAUCUGAAGGGGGAUGCCAAGGGCAAGGGAGCUGCGGCUGCCCCUGCAGCAGCCGGAAAUGGCACCGCGGCAGCACCACCACCACCACCGCCAGCAAAGGCCAAGGAUGCCAAAGCAACCGCUGCUGAUGCUAAGAAGGCCAAGGAUGCUGCCGGAGGCGGAGCUGCGGCAGCAGGCAAACAGGCCGGAGGAGCUACCGCUAGUGGAGCUGCCAGUGCAGCAAGGCGGGCGCGCUCCCUCAAGAGACGAAACCUUAUUGCUGAAUUCGGAUGGUAA